AACAAAAGAGACUCAAAGAUCAUCCAAAUCUAUGGGUUGUGGAUCUUCUAAAAUCUUCAGGAAAGAUUUCAGACAAGAGUUUAUGAUUGGCAAUGGCGGUUGCUCCAGUCACGAGAUUUCUCUCACUUCCACCACUUAUGGGGCUCUCAAGCUCAGCGAAGAUGAUUUCCAACGAGAAGAAGAGCCCAUUAGAGAGGUUUUGAUGGAGAUUUGGGAGAGAUCGCCGCCUCGAGAAGAGCCCGAAGUCAUCGACGCUUGGGAGCUCAUGGGAGACCUCGAAGACAAUUUACCAAUUUCGGUUCAAGCGAAGAAAACACAGAAAUCUGAAGCGAGGAGUCCACUAAAAUUGAUCAAUCAGAUGGCUUCGCCCAAGAGAUUGAAGAGAUCGGGAGGAAAAGAGAACAGGGGAAGUGUCUGUAGAUGGAGUGGCGGCGUAGAGAGAUCGGCUUUCAGCCCGAAAAGGGCUUCGAAAGAAUUUACUUUGAUGGGUAAUUCAUUGAAGCCAUCAUUGAACUUGAGGAAGACAGUAGAAGAUUCAGUGGCUUUGUCACAGAGUGGUUGUUUCAGUCCCCUGUUUGAUCCAGAGCUCGUCGCGUUUUACGAGAAAGAACUCUCCGAAGACGAAGAACAGAUCAAGAAAAUGGUUUCUGCAGUAUCGACUUCCAACAAGCCCAUAAACUCCAGAGAUUGCCUGUCCAUUCUCGACUCAUUUGAGGAGAAAUGCCCGCCGGGAGGCGAAAAUGCGGCUGUGAUAUACACGACAACCUUGCGGGGAAUUAGGAAGACUUUCGAGGACUGCAACAGCGUCCGCUCAACCGUCGAGUCGCAUCGAGUUCGCCUUCUCGAGCGCGACAUAUCCAUGGACUCGAGGCUCAAGGAGGAACUAAGGGGACUAAUGGGGAGGAAUGGGGUGAAAGUCCCUGUUCUGUUCGUGAAAGGGCGGUUAAUAGGGGGUGCUGAUGAAGUGAUGAAGUUGGAGGAUGAAGGCAAAUUGGAAAUUUUGCUAGACGGGAUCCCCAGGGCGGCUGCGCCCGGGUGCGACGGCUGCGGCGGAGUCCGGUUCGUGGUGUGUAUGGACUGCGAUGGGAGUUGCAAGGUGUUGGAUGAGGAUGGUAAGAGAGCAGUUAGGUGUGGGCAGUGCAAUGAGAAUGGACUGAUAAAAUGCCCUAUUUGUUCUUGUUUCUAAGUUAAUUUUACUGCUGUUACGGCGUUCAUAUUGUUUUCUAUUAGUCCAUAUGGGUCUGUGUAUUUGCUCAUAUGAAAUACUUGAAGGAUACUAUUUCCAAGGGUGAGACUAAGUGUCGAUAACCAAGAAAGAAUAGAAUUGAUGGGCUCUUACUGAUACCAUCUAAAAGUGUUUGUUUCAUCUGUACGUAACACUACCAGUUAUUUUUACUA